GGGAAUGGCACCGAGGCCGACCAUGAUAUAUACCUAACCCCAAACCACCAUCGGCUCCGGCGGAUCGUGGGCUUCCUUCUAGAACUCUCCCCUAAAACUUGCUGCGAGUACCCCGACAAUAGUCACGCUGUGCCGAGAUACGCACCAUGUCUCGAGAUGCGUGCGCGGAAAUCCCGCCCGUCUCCUCGGACUACGUCCCGAAGGGGACCUACGAAACCGUCGGUGGCCUGAAAACUUGUAAGCACGGAAACAUCUAUAUCUAUAUCUACGUCAUCGGCCCGCCGUCCGCUACCCGCGCCAUCAUCGACCUGUACGACGUGUUCGGCCUGUCGCCGCAGACGCUGCAGGGGGCGGACCGGCUGUCGGCAGCGCUCGACGCGCUGGUCAUCGUGCCCGACUUCUUCGCCGGCGUGUACGCGCAGCACGAGUGGCUGCCGCCCGACACCGACGAGAAGAAGGAGGCCUUCGCGCGGUUCCGCGCCGAGCAGGCCGCUCUCCCCAAGAACGUCGAGAAGCUGUUAGCCGUGCGCCGCGCCGCCGCCGAGCGCUGGCCCUCCACCACCGACCGUUGGGGCGCCUUCGGCCUGUGCUGGGGCGGCAAGGUCGCCGUGCUGGUCUCCGGCAAGGCCAACGAGGGUCCCAGCCGCCUCUUCAAGGCUACCGGCGCUGCCCACCCCGGGCUCCUCGCGGCCGAGGACGCCGAGGCCCUGACCACCCCGCACAUAUGCCUCCCUUCGUCCGACGAGCCCGCCGACGUUGUCGCGCAGUACAAGGAGAUCUACGCGAGGCUUGGGAAGACCGGCGUCGUCGAGACGUACGGGACCAUGUUCCACGGUUGGAUGGGGGCGCGUUCCAACUUGGCGGACGAGAAGAACAAGGCCGAGUACGAGAGAGGCUACAACCAGGUCGCCGACUUCUUCGACAAAUAUCUAUAGGGGUAACGCUACCUAAACUGGGCCGUAUUAUUUUUGGCAGUCGAACCUGGGUUUCUCUAACCUUUGUCGGCAUCUUGUAUAUCACCUCCUACUAGCUACCUAGGUAGUUCGCCUCGUAGACCCCGCGAUUGCCAAAAGAAAUAGGGGAACAAGUUCUUCUACGGUCCCACUUCUACAGCUUGAGUGUUCUUAUGCUCUCCUUUCUUGACCCUUUCGCAAAGGUCG